UCUUCAUGUUGGAACAAGAAUUCUUUGGUUUUUUUUAAUUUUAAAAGCUAAAAGGUAGCUGUCAUUGUUUGUUUCGUAUUUGCUAGCUUAACGCAUUCGUUUACAUUCUUUUCUGAUUAUCUGCUGAUUGAAAUUGUUAACGGAUGACUGUAGCAAUGCUCUUCACUACGUUGUGAUUUUAGAGAGAUGGGUUUGCAUUGUUUCGCGAUCCUUCAUCGACGCUGGAAUUCUGUCUAUUCUCAUGGCCAAACCUGUGAACCCAAAACCUAAUCGUUUUAAUUUACUGAAUGUUUCCAUCGGAGAAAUUCUCGCGCGUUGCUUUAAUGGGUUGAUCUUUAUUGGUCAAACAUGCUUGCUGUAUUAUUUCAUGUAUACAGGUUUUCCUGGAGAUUGGAGAUGGCUUGGUUGGGUGGCAGCGGAUGCGGUUUUCCUGGGGAUUUACAUUGUUCUCAAUGUGCUGGCCAUUCGUUAUUUUGGAACCGUGAGACGGAAACCCGUGCCUCAGCUGGGUCUCUUGCCCUAUGCAUUUAUCACAUGGAUCUUCUAUAGCGUGAUUCUGGCGGGGAAGGUUUUCCACAUGUUUAAAACAUUCGCACGAGACCUGCCUGACGGAGGUUGGAUGGGAACCAACUUGAUGAAAAUUGCUAUUGGUUUGUCUGCUGCAUUUUUUGCCCUUCUUGUUGCGGGACAUCAUCGUAAUCGAUCCAGCGAGAGGCAUAAAUUUUGCUUAAAAUGGCUGCAGACCCACGUUGUAUUCGAGCUCCUGGAUACUGUCGAAUUUUUAAGUAUUUUAUUUGCCAAUGAAACCAAAAUAUUGUUGUCGUGGUCAGUGGAGCAUGCAAUUUUAGCCUACUCGGUCAUGAAUCUUAUUAUUCCUGCGGUGGCUUUGUAUCAGCUGAGUGGAUUUAAUUUUUCGAAAUCGAAGCCGUUGGACAAUUUAAUUUUAAUCCAGAGCGUUAUUGCCACGGCUUUCGUCAAUAUUCCUUACGUGGUAAUUCGACUAUAUCUUUGGCACUCGGCGGACGUUACCACGGCUUUGUUUAUUAUGAAAAAUUUUAUUGCCAUUGUAAAUACGUUCUGGGAACUGCGUAAGCUGAUUCCAUGCUGCUCGUUUUUGGAUUUUACGGAUGAUAGUGACAGCACUGUGGCAUCCAUUGAGAUGGUUUCCGUAGGAGGGAAAGUGUCCAAGGAGCGAACUGAUAACGUGCCUUUCCGAAGUACUGUGCAUCCAGUGCCAAAAACCGAAGAAUCUCUUUACGCUUGAGAUUAUUCCAUUUGCUAGGUUUUCUUGAGCGCCUUUUUUUAAUGUUCCUUGAUUAUUCCAAAAUGCUGUGCCUUUUUUAUGAAAUUUGCUCAUUGGUUUAUUUUCCUAUUUCUGAAUAUUCGUUUCAGAUUGCAGCGUGCAUUGUUUCCUAAAAUUCUCUGUUGUUAGUUUAUUGAGUUGCAUCUGUGUGAUCUUACGUUUUUAUCUGCACAGUUCCACAAGUUCUUGGAGCUCGAAUAUUGCAAAAAAUUAAAAACGCAUAUC